UGGGGAUUGGUCAAUGCUCUCUUACAAUAGCACUAAUCUCUCCAUCUAUCGUCGACGGAUGCUUCGGACUUGCACUUCGGCCAGUUUUUACUGAACAUGCGUCCACGAGGCCAUGCGAUAGUAUGCGCGGUGUCUUUCAUCGACAAAGCAUAUCGCGAAUCACCAACGUGGAAUGGCAAGGAAUCGAGGGGAAAGAGCCGUAUUCGUGUUGGUCAUAGCCCUCCCUGUCACUGGUCUGCGGCCGGCCGUCAAGGCUGAGCAGUCCUUAUAAGCUCAGGACGUUGUUGGUCUCAUAGCUGCAAUUCAAGUACGAAUUACCUUAGGCUUCACAAUGGUCAAAUUAUCAAAACCAGCGAACAUAUUCCGGCUUGGUCGUGGCAAGGCUACUGCAUCAGAUGGAGCUGUCACGGCCGAAACCAACAAGUAUACCGGUCCUUACGAUGACUCCCCAAUACCGCGUCUCUCAAUUCACUCCUUUAUCAUGGGCGUUUUCGUCUCGAUGGGAGGCUUUAUAUUCGGUUAUGAUACCGGCCAAGUCUCGGGAUACUUGGGGAUGUCGAACUUUUUGAGCCGCUUUGGACAGAAAAACUCAAAUGGCGAUGGAGGCUACCAUUUUAGCAAUGUCCGCUCUGGUCUUAUAGUCGCCUUGCUCUCUGUUGGUACCCUCAUGGGGGCUUUGAUUGCAGGCCCUAUUGCCGAUCGCAUAGGGAGAAAAUGGUCGAUUUCUGCAUGGUGUGUCAUGUUGCAUAUCGGUCUGAUAGUUCAGAUAUCAGCAACACAGGGCAAGUGGUAUCAAGUCGUCGUCGGAAGAUGGAUUGCAGGUCUAGGCGUUGGUGCUCUGUCCCUCCUAGUGCCCAUGUAUCAAGGCGAGAGCGCGCCUCGUCAAAUUCGGGGUGCUCUCAUCAGUACUUACCAACUUUUCAUUACGCUUGGAAUCUUUGUGGCAAACUGCAUCAAUUUUGGGACGGAAAAGCGCACAACCACAGCCUCGUGGCGUAUCCCAAUGGGUAUUUCGUUCCUCUGGGUUCUCAUCCUGGGUAUUGGCAUUAUCUUCUUCCCGGAAAGUCCUCGCUACGACUACCGUCACGGGCGAAUCGACAAUGCUGCGAAGACCAUGAGCAAACUCUAUGGUGUCCCAGAGAAUCAUAGGGUGGUUGUGGAAGAGCUUGCCGAAAUCAAGGAGAAGCAUGAGGAGGAACUGCGACACAAAGACCAGAAAUGGUGGGAGAUGUUUACCGCACCUCGCAUGGCAUAUCGUAUCACCCUGGGGGUCGUCUUGCAAGCGUUGCAGCAGCUGACCGGCGCCAAUUACUUCUUCUAUUACGGGACGAUAAUUUUCAAGAGUACGGGCAUCAACAACAGCUACGUAACUCAGAUGAUCCUCGGCGGAGUCAAUGUUGGAACUACCUUUCUCGGACUGUAUGCAAUCGAACAUUUCGGUCGUCGGAAGUCCUUGAUUUUUGGCGCCUGCUGGAUGUUUGUUUGCUUCAUGAUAUUUGCAUCCGUGGGUCACUUUUCCCUGGAUCGAAAUGAGCCUCAAUCAACACCACAUUCAGGUAAGGCGAUGAUCGUUUUCGCCUGCUUGUUCAUCUUAGGAUUUGCAUCAACCUGGGGCCCCAUCAUCUGGACGAUCUGCGCCGAAUUAUAUCCCUCUCGCUACCGUUCGAACGCCAUGGCAUUGUCCACUGCCUCUAACUGGGGUUGGAACUUCCUCCUUGCAUUCUUCACCCCUUUCAUUGUCGGGGACAUCGACUUUCGCUAUGGAUAUGUUUUUGCAGGCUGCCUCUUUAUCGCAGGGGCCGUUGUAUACCUCUUCGUCAUUGAAGGCCAAGGAAGAACAUUGGAAGAGAUCGAUACCAUGUACCUCCUUCACAUCGAUCCCCGAAAAAGCAGCAAAUGGAUCGCCCCUCCUCCAGAAGAGCUCAUCACAACCGAGAAACUCGUCCGUGGCGAGGUUUCCGGGACCGCCGACCCCGAGCAGAAUGCUAGCACGGGAGCAGCGGCGAAGGAGACGGCCCCUGAGCCUAUUACACAGCAUGCUGAGUAGAAUCGGGGUCGGUGCUAAUAAGUAUGACCGACGAUUUCACUCUGUCACUCAGGUCAUAACCCAGAACCCCAAAGGAGAAGGGUAUCAUAUCACCAUACUUCCAUUUUUGCGCCUCUUACAGUGCCUACUAUCUUAAUAUGAACCUAAUAACCCUCCUCGCUCUUAUUCGAAUCGAGCACUUGUUUUUUGAAUAGGGGCUGCAAAUUUGUAUGGUGGCUAGGUACCUAGCAAAGGCUUUCGUUUUCCGGGGUAACUGCAUCGUUCUAUGUAUCCACCAAUAAUAAAUCUAAGAUCCAAUAUACCUUACUGUGAACAGUCAAUAGGAG